CCGUGUCUCUCGCUUUAUUACUGACACGUCACUGAGGUCAGGGAGACACUGAAGUAAAGAUGGCGACCGCCUACCAGAGCUUCAAUUUGCACACCACCCCUGAGAAGUUCUACGUCGAGGCCUGCGAUGACGGCACCAAUGACGUCCUGGCCAUUGACAGGGUGUCCACAGAGAUGACACUCACAGGGAGAAAGGACAUCCCUCCAUCAGCGGUCACCCGGCCCAUUUGUGGGAUCAUGGGAACUAUUCGGCUGGUGGCAGGGAUGUACCUCAUUGUCAUCACCAAGAAGAGGAAGGUCGGGGACCUGUUCGGUCACGCUGUGUGGAAGGCGGUCGACUUUGACGUCAUCUCCUACAAAAAGACCGUGCUGCAUCUGACCGACACUCAGACGCAGGACAACAAGACCUUUCUGUCGAUGAUCAACAACGUCUUGACCACAGACGGAUUCUACUUUGCCACUGACUAUGACCUCACCCACACUCUGCAGCGCUUGUCCAACACCAGCCCCGACUUCCAGGAGAUGAGUCUGCUGGAGCGGGCAGAUCAGAGAUUUGUGUGGAAUGGGAACCUCCUGAGGGAGUUCAUCGCACAGCCAGAGCUACACAGGUUUGCCUUCCCAGUUAUCCAUGGAUUCAUCGCUAUGAAGUCCUGCUGCAUUAAUGGGAAGAUCUUUGACUGGAUGAUCAUCUCCAGAAGGAGUUGUUUCCGGGCAGGCGUGCGAUACUACGUGAGAGGCAUUGACUCGGAGGGACAUGCUGCUAACUUUGUGGAGACUGAGCAAAUUGUCCAGUACAAUGGGGGAAAGGCUUCAUUUGUGCAGACUCGAGGAUCCAUGCCUUUCUUCUGGUCCCAGAGGCCCAACCUGAAGUACAAGCCCAAACCCCAGAUCGGCAAAAACACCAAUCAUUUGGAUGGCUUCCAAAGACAUUUUGACUCCCAGAUCAUCACCUAUGGGAAACAAGUGAUUUUAAACCUGGUCAACCAGAAGGGGUCGGAGAAACCCCUCGAGCAGGCCUUUGCUAGGAUGGUGUCCAAUCUGGCCAACGGCAUGAUAAAGUACAUAGCGUUUGACUUCCACCAGGAGUGCAGUCGGAUGAGGUGGGACCGGCUCCAGAUCUUGGUGGACGCCGCGUCUGAAAUGCAGGAUGACUUUGGCUACUUCAUGGUGGAUGCGGAUGGGAAGGUGCUGAUUCAGCAGGAAGGCACAUUCCGCAGCAACUGCAUGGACUGCCUGGACCGGACCAACGUCAUCCAGAGCCUGCUGGCCCGCCGCUCGCUGCAGUCCCAGCUACAGAGACUGGGCGUGCUGCACGUGGGCCAGCGCGUGGAGGAGCAGGCCGACUUCGAGAAGAUCUACAAGAACGCGUGGGCCGACAACGCCAACGCCUGCGCCAAGCAGUACGCCGGAACCGGGGCGCUCAAGACCGACUUCACCCGGACAGGGAAGAGGACCCAGUGGGGACUGGUGAUGGACGGCUGGAACUCCAUGAUCAGAUACUACAAAAAUAACUUCUCUGAUGGCUUUAGACAAGACUCUAUUGAUCUGUUCUUGGGGAACUACGCUGUAGAUGAGGCGGAUGGACACACACCGCUCCACGUCCAGAAAGACUGGAAGUUCCUGACGCUCCCUAUCAUCAUGGUGGUCGCAUUCUCCAUGUGCAUAAUUUGCCUUCUCAUGGCUGGUGACACGUGGACGGAGACCCUGGCCUACGUGCUCUUCUGGGGCUCGGCCAGCGCCACCACGGCCGCCGUCAUCCUCUUCAACGGGAAGGAGUUUGUGGACGCGCCCAAGCUGGUGCAGAAGGAGAAGAUGGACUGAAUGUGUGUGUGUGGAAAGCAGCUCGGUCCUGCAGACUCUUCCUCUGUCACCUCCUCCUCUUCCUCGUCCUCCCAGCUGCACCAGGCCUGGAGUCUGUACUGACCUGCUCUCCACACUGUUCUCACACUAGUUUUUUUUUCUUUUUUUUUUCUUUUUUACUCCUGUUUCAGAGCUGCUGUUACUCCUCCAGGAAACGCGUGGGUGGGUGUGCACACUGUUUGUCUCUAUCCCAUAAGUCCUUGCUCUCAACCAGCACCAGGCCUGGUGCCUGUAGUCACCCUAUCCCUGCACUGUUGUUUGUUUCUAAUCCCACAGUUUCUUGCCCAAUUCAGCAUGCUCGUGGGGUCUUUACCAACCCUCUGUCCACACUAGAUCCUAUCCCAGAAUCCCUUUCACUCCUGUAGGAAGCACCUCGCUUCUCUGCCUCAUAUCUCACUAUUGAGAGAAACCUUGAAAAGGGUUGAACUAUUUGUCUUUCAUGACUGGUAGGGGAAGGGGUUCUUAUCCUCCAAAGAUAUUCAACCUGUAUUUCUUACCAUCUCAUUAGGAGGUAGAAGGCUCUUUAAUAGAGAAGCAGUCCCAAUCUGUAGGCUGCUGAGUGGAGUGGAUACAGAUGGGUUCCAGUUACUUUCUAUUGUAAUAAUUUCCAUAGAAUGCUUUUGCACUGCUGUAAUUUCAUAGGAAUAGUUCUUAAGUUAUGCAAAAACAUAAGCAUAUAACUGUAAUUGAGUCUAUAAUCCAGUAUAGUCUCAUAGUCUCACCAUGGUUAAGCCAUGAGAACAGCCUGGCACAUGCAUUACUCUCAUCCAAACCCGGAAUGAAUUUUUAAACUUCAAGUUAAAUACGGCUUUCUUUUGACUUCAUUUUUUAUUCUUCCUCUUUAUACAGCAGUCCGCACUGAAAGUGCAUAAUAGAAAUACCCCUGUUCAGCUGUAUGUCUCUUUAAGGAAAAUGAUAAACUGUCAUUCCUCUGCACUGUGAAUGUGGCUCCACACCAUACGCAUAUUGUGACAUCACUGUUAGAGGCUCCUGGAAGAACCAAUCAUGCCCUUCAUUUUUAAGGGGGAAUGUGUGAGAGAAAUGCAGAUGGAAUAACACUGUGCAUUCCGCGCACGAAUGGCACAAGCUUUCUGGUAAUAUAGUGUUCUUGUUGAAUUAGGACCAAUGUUUUUAUUUUUUUUAAAUCAGCUCAUAGAGACAUUGCACAGCCGUUUGGCCUCCACUAGGCCUCUGGUGCCCCGUGUGGCAGGGAGGUGGUAUGUCCAUUUUCUACCUGCGUCGUUCUCUCUCAUUCCACUGACUACAGCCUCACUCUGACCCCUGCUGCUCCUGGGAAAUGGGAGAGGGGUUUGUUGGGAGACUGGUUUUUAGGAAUUCAGUAAGUGCUUCUCAUUCUGCUACUGGCUUUCAGAAUGGAUCCAGACCAAUCGGAGAAUGUAGAAUAUUUUUACUAUGCUUUGUUCUGUCUCCUCUCUUGCUGUUGAUUUAGUGGUCCAAAGCGUGAUACUGUACACACGCUGUGUCGAGUGCAUCCAUCACGCUGUACUAUAGUUGCCAUGUUUUACAGUCUUCGGUAUAAAGAUGGUAUCACUUGCUUGUGUGCGUCGGCUAAUUUUAACCCUUUAGUGCACACAAUGUACUUUUUCAUUUACGAGGCAUACUUCUAUCCUUUGUUUAAAAAAAGGAGUUUACCUUUAUUUGCUAUUGAAAACAUUGCUUUAUUAAUAAAGGUUUGAUGCAGCUGAAUUUUAGGCUUGAUUGCUAAGCAACAAAACGAUGAAUUCUUGACCAACUUAAGCUUGUCUACUGUGCAACCUCUAUGUAUAAAUAUGACUUGUAAAGUGUACAUUUUAGGUAAUCUAUGUAUCAUAUACAUUUCCUUGUAAUUAUGUACUGUAUAUUUUACAUUGAGAUUUGUAUGCAGAAUAGUUGUCAAAGCAAGUCAUGCACAAUGAUGGCAGUUGAUCCACCUUUGCUUGUAAUUUGGUGACAUCUAGAUGCCAUGGAUACGAUUAAUACUAAGUGUGGAGUUGCAUCACUAUUGACAGCUUUGCUGCAUUCAAAAGAUUUUUUUUCUGAUUAUUUAGUUAGGUAUGACUUCAACAACGUAAGUCUGCAUUCUGGGGGAAAAGAUGAUGGGAAAAUAUUUUUUCUCAGUUUUAUUUUGCGCAAUAAUUCUCUCACCGAUGCGUUCUUUCCCCCCCUCUAUUACAAAAUGAACGCGUAACAAAAUUUAGCGAUUUAAAAAUGAGUGUUUUCCUUUUUCAUUUGAUAAUUAUGAAUCAUACUGUUUAAGAGGAAGGGUUUUCUUUCAAGUAAAUUUGUAAUAAAAGCCAUGAUAAGAUCACUAUAUGAACGGGCAUCCAUUCCAGUGUUGUUCUUUACAUUCUGGUCCGAUCUUCCACCCUCAGUGUUUGUGACUUGUUGAAUCUGUUAUGAGGUACAAUUAAUGCCUUAAAUAUGAAUUUUCUUUUGUGGCUAAAGAAAACAACCCAUUUUGGGCAGAUGAUUAUAUUGCUUUGUAAUUGCCCACCACUGUGGCCCUUGAAGAAUAUUUGUUCAUUCAUAUCCCCUUUGUAUACAAAAUCCUGCUUGCAUCAGAUAUCCCUUGGCAUGUUUUCAGUGAACUCUUUCAGUGAGUCCAUUUCCUCUAGACAAUUGACUUUCUACUUGAAAUUUGCAUGGGGUUGGAUCUAGGAAACUUUCAACCCAGGAAAAGUGCUUGGCUGGAUGUAUGAACUGUAUGAAUCUAUAAACCUGUCUUUGAGGGCCCAUUGGCUUGGCUUGUUUUCAUUUACAUCCAACUUUACACUUUCCCUGCUGAUUUAAUGUUCACUGUUGCAUUGCUAUGAGUAUUUUUCUCAUUCUUGGGCAUUACCAUAAAUGUUUUAGGUUAGUGGAGAGCACUUUCCAUUUGAACAGGGUAUAAAAACAACAUUAUUUUACAGGCAUCGUUCUUUGGGGGUUUUUCAUUGCAUUACGCCACAUUACAAGUUUUAUAUGAUCCUUGGGAUGAUCUUGGAUAUUUGUGUUUGGGAGCAUUUUGUGUACUCAUUUGGGCCUUGACUUGGCGCAUGAUCAGGUGAUCUUUUACAGAACGAUGGGCUUGAGUGAUUACAUUACUAAUUAGAGGAUGAAGUAAUGGUCUAGUAGAUAAUAUCUUUAAGAUAUCCUGAUAUUUUUUAUGUACAUUGUUCUGUCUGAACUACAUUCUCGUCUUGCAUACUCUAUCCAUGAGAUGACCGAGAGGUUUCACAUUGAUAAUGAAAAUUGAUAAACUGCAUUGUUGUAGAUAUACUAUGACAGAGUAAAGUGUAAGAAUGUUACUGUACUCUAUUCAUUCUCUUGUGCUUCCCUAAUUUUAAAUGAGAGCAGUUGCAGUGUGGGUCCAUCAUGGAAUUUAAGUUAAUAAUGGUAAUAAAACUUUCUUUCCUGGUGCAUUUGAAGGUUCUGUCACUCAUGGAGGUGUCAACAUCACUGAUUUUAUUUUAUUCUUUUGUCUUUCCAGUUCUCUGUUGUUCCAUUCUUUGAGGUGAUUUGUUUAUGGUUUCUUUUAUUUCAAAUUGAAUAAAGACUCAGAUGAGAAAAUAA